AUGGAGGAGCGAUCUCUCGAAGCCGAGCUUUUGAUCGUCUCGCUCGGAGCGCCGCCGUCGUUCGCGCUACGGCAUCGCGAGCUACAUUCGCGAAAACUCGCUUGCGAUAGUGACGGGCUUAGAGGUUCAAGAGACAUCAGGUCAGGCGAACGGCCGUUAGCCGCGCUAGCCUCCGUAGUUACGCUCAUCAGCGCGGGCAGGUAUGCCGCCGCGCUGGAGCGCGCAUCCUCCGCGCUCGCGGUCCUCCCCCCCGCGGAGCAGCUGGCGGAGGCGGUGGGCACGAGCUCGCGGAACCAGCCAGGGGAAGCCGCCGCGGGCGCAGCGGCGGCGGAAUCGUUUUUCCGCGCAGUGCGGGGGAGGAUCGGCGCGCUGCUGACGGAUCUGGGGAGAAAGCCCCCGUCGGGAAGCGGGAAUGGGGAGAAGGAGGAGGGGGAGGAAGAGGUCGAGGGGGUUAGCGAGUGGAGCGGGGGAGAGAAGGCGCUAAUGGUGCUGAUGAUGGGGGCGGCGAGCCUCUGCCUCUUCGUGCAGGCCAACGUUAGCGGUCCCGAGCCUUCUGCAGUCCCGACCCUCCCACUCAGCCCACCACAUACCAACAGCGACACAUCAGCAGCCGCACACGACACAUCAGCAACCACGUCAGCACCUGCCAGCCACCCCGCGUUCCUCGCCAGCGAGGCGGCACGCGUGGCACUGAGCAAGUGGUGCCAGGUGGAGCUCAUGACAGAUGGUGCUGACGUCACUGGCAGAUGCCACCUCCCCCAGUACCUCCUGCUCGCCCGAUCCCUCCUCCUCCCCCCUCUCUUCCCACUCCUCUUCCCCUCCCCUUUCUCCACCUCCCCCUCCCUUUCCUCCUCCUCCUCCUCCUCCUCCUCCUCUCCCUCUAUCAAACCUUCUGAAGCCUUCUCCCCCUCCCUGCUGCCGCCCUCCUGGCCCUGGUGGGCGGCGAGGGUUGUCGUUAUUCACCAGAGGGUGCUACAGGAGCGGUCUCCCUCCCUCCGCGCCCUGCUGCUCCCGUGCACUGUUCACCUGGGAGAGACGCUGGGGAGGAAAGAUGCCGUGAAAUGGGCUUACUUUAGAAAAGAGGAGGAGAAGGAGGUGGAGGCGGAGGGUGGGGAGAAGGAGAGGGGAAAGGAGGGGGAAGGGGAGGAGGAAGUGUGUGUGCGGGUGGCAGCACUAGUGCAUCUGGAGGCUGGGAUGAUGGAGAUGGUCUAUGCACACGUGGACACUGCCAGGUGUGUGUGCCUGACACGUGGACACUGCCAGGUGUGUGCCUGCCACGUGAACACUGCCAGGUGUGUGCCUGCCACGUGGACACUGCCAGGUCGACCCCAAAGCCCAGCUCAUGCUGGCAGCGACAAGAAGCGAUUCCCUGAAGAGAGGAAAUGGGGUGGUGCUAUGCUACAGGCCUUCAUCCCCCCCCCCCUGCAUUCACAUAUGCUCUUCCCAAUUUUCUUCCCAACUCUUCUUCCCACGGGAUGCACACAGGUCGAUCCCAAAGCCCAGCUCGUGCUGGCCGUGACAAGAAGCGAAUCUCCAAAGGAAGGAGGUGGGGCGUUGCUGAGCGACAGGGCAUCAGCCAGGGAUGGGACUUGUGGGGACGGGCAAGGGCAGCAAGGGGAGGAUGGAGAGAAGGGGGAGGGGGGGGAAGCGAAGGCGGAGGAGGAAGGGGAGAGUAUGGAGGAGUUGGAGUGUUUGUUCGAGCCGGAGAGUGACGUGCUUCUGGCACCCCGGCUUGUGGAAGGAGGGGGUGGUGGGGGUGAGAUCGUGGCAAAUGGGGGUGAAAAGGAAGAGAAGCAGAGUGCUGUCAAUGGUGGCACGCGUGGUGUGCUGAGGGGUGUUGAGCAGGCGGCAGUGCUGGCGAUGGCUGUUGAUACUGUGAAGCAAAACGCUGCUGAUGAGCUGAGAGGUGAGUGGGAUGGCCUUUCAGGCGUUGGAGAAGAAGGGUGGGGUUGGGAACGGCGGGGUUUGGGGGGAAGGGAGGGGUAUUGA